AUGAAUUAUUUGUGGCAAUCAGACUGUAAAGAUAUUGCAGCAAAUCUCCGUACAUUCAGGACAUGCUGUGUCGAGUUAACUUUAUGUAUUAAGAAUGAUAAAACAAGUUUCGAUAAAGUUAGCACUUAUAUUACCCAUAUUGAUCAGGUUUUGCUUAAAUGCGAGCAUAGCUCGGAAAAGCAGAACAACACACUUGAAAAUCUUAGAAUGUUUUAUGAAUUUUAUCAGACAACAGUCCAGGAAAUUCAAACUUCUUAUACUGAUCAAAGUGUCGUUGCUAGUAUCGGAGAAAUCAAGACAGAAUUAAUCGCCACUAUUACAAAAGCUAUUGAACCGAUCCACAAGAAAAUUACAUUUGAUAAUUCAUUUGAACGCUUCAAGAACUCAUUGAACAAUGAAAACGAUUCUGAUAUUAGACAAAGUGUUUUCCGUCUCUUCUGCGUUCUCGUAAAGCGCGACGAAGCAUCCAAAUUAUUUACACCAGAGAUCGAGAGAUGUUCUAGAAUUCUUUCUUCAUACUACUCUCUUAAGGGAUCUAUCGCCACUCUUUCCAGGAUAAUAGAGCCACUUGGAAAUGAAAUUAAGCAAUUAGAAGCAAAGCAGGCAGCAGAAGCUCCAAAAGCUGAAGAACCCGAGUGCCCAAAAGCGCUUGAGACUCCGACAAUUCAAAGUAAACCCCUCCACCCAUUGAUGUCGGAGUCUGAAAAAAACGCUGAAAUGUUUCAGCUCAGGGAGGAAAUUGAGAAACUGAAAUUAGAAUGUCACAGACUCAAUCAGCAAAAUUCAGAUGCUAAUGAUCUCUUAACUGAUUAUAUGAUGAAACUACCGUCUAUUGAAGGCGAUCUUAAGGCAGCCAACCGGUUGAUUGCAGAUAAAGAUGGUGAAAUUGAAGAAAUUAACGAGCAAAAUGAAAAAGCAAAGAAUAAUUUAACAUUAUUACAAAAAGAACUAGACUUUUACAAAUCGUUUUCGAAAUAUUUAGCAUAUGGUGUUGGUGUUUUGUGUAGUUAUAUACUUAUGUCUUGUCUUUUCCGUAGGCGUUAA